AUGAAAGAGCAUAAAUUAGUUGAUGGAAAUGUUUUGACAAAUAAAUUACUUGGAACAGUAAAUUCAUCUUAAUUACAUAAAGGGAGCUUUUGGAUCGGUUUAUAGAGGAUAUAAGGAGAAUGAUCCUAAAUUGAUUGUGGCAGUUAAAAUGUUACCACCAAUUACUAUCUUAUAUUUUAUUACAUAAUGGUAUUAUAUAAUUGCUAUAAUUAGUGAUUUUGGAUUAGCAAGAGUAGUUGAUGACAUGGAAGUCAAGAAAAAUUUACUAUACUUGGAACUCCUUUUUAUAUGGCUCCAUAAAUAUUAGAAUAAGGUAAAUUUAACUCAAAGUGUGAUAUUUGGUUAAUUGGUAUUAUGUUUUAUGAAAUGCUUUAUGGUCAUCCUCCAUCGACAGCAACCAGUCAAUUAGCAUUAUUAGUUUAAUUUAAAAAAAACCAUUAACUUUUCCUAAUCUUCCAAAAAGAUAAUAAAUAAUCAAAGAUCUUAUUUCUAAAAUGUUAAUCAUUGA